UACGCACGCUGACGUCAGUGUCUUGUCUGUCUUGGUGAUUUUCUGAAUUUACUGAUUACCGUUUGGCGGCUGAUUUUAUAAAAUUUACAAAAAUAUAAUAAUAACCCGGUAUUUCAAAAGUUACUUUCAAGUUUUUCACGCCAUAAAAAUGUCGUCAGGACCAGAACCCAAGGCCGUGGAAGCGGAAAAUCAAGAAGCGGGAUCGAGUAUAUUUACCGAUAUAAUUUAUAGCCCCGUUAAUUUGCUAUUGACUGUGAAUUGUGUUUUUAUUGUUGUAAUGAUAUAUAAAUUAUUAAGGAGUAGGUUUUCUAAACGGUCGGUCGAGGCUGCGAUGCCAGAAUUGCCUAAAAUUCGUAAAGAUAUGACGGUGGCGGAGUUGCGACAGUAUGAUGGGACUCAGCCGGACGGGCGCGUGCUGGUGGCUGUAAAUGGGUGGAUAUUCGACGUUACGCGGGGACGCCGCUUCUACGGGCCCGGUGGUCCAUAUGCUACAUUUGGCGGUAAGGACGCCUCCCGAGGGCUGGCGACAUUCUCCGUGACGUCAUCAGACAAGGAGUAUGACGACCUAAGUGAUCUCAACUCUAUGGAGAUGGAAUCAGUUAAAGAGUGGGAGGCUCAGUUCCGAGAGAAAUACGACCUAGUGGGGCGCCUCCUGAAGCCGGGAGAAGAGCCCACUAACUACUCGGACGAGGAGGGGGAUGAGACCGACCCAUCCACCGCCAAUUCCGUCGACAAAAAGGAGAACUAAUUACAAUAACUUGUUUAUUUUUAUACAUCUAUUCGAAUUAAGGUUCCGGUACACUUGGGCGUUUACUUGUAACAUCAAGAGUUCUCUGUUUUUAUAACUAGGAUACUACUAUCGGCUAUUACAUUUGUGAUAAUAUAUUUAUAUCAUAUAUGAAACAGUUACCUAUAUGCUCUUUAGAACACACAAUGAAAUAAUAAAACCGUUUUGUUUGAUCUAUUCUUGUUUAUUAAAAGAUCAUGUUGUUACAAGUGAAUGUUUAUAUGUAUAUGCACCUUAAUAACAUUGGCUUAGGAUACCAUUAGGAAGUAAAGUACUUACAUGAUCUUACAUUCCUGGAUGGUGUUUUUAAUUGCGCAAAAUUGCGACUUACGACGAAAAUUGUAUUUCUAAUAAUAAAUUCGCUGCAUUUGUGAUCCGAACACAUAACGGCAUUAUAGCGUAUGAAGCACAUAUUCGCGACGUCAACACUCAAUAUGGCACUCGCUAAUUUAAACUUAUAUAUCAAAAGGUGGUUGAUAUAAAAAUCUUUUUAUAUAAAGCAAACAUAACCUAAAUGAUGGGGGUAGCAUUAUUUUCUGCUAGCAUUAAUUUACUCAAAAUCUAAUUUAAAUUCUAAUGUUCAGUCUGCAGCAGAAGUUG